UCUUUAUUUUAUCUGAGACAUUUUUAUUUACCUUCUCGGACUUUAUUAUUGUUUGUUAAUAAAGCAUAACUUGUUUACUAAGUCUUGUUAAAUUACAAUUAAACCAGUUAUCAGAAAAAGGUCAAAUCAUAAUGUCGCCUUUGUACCCAAAAAAUGGUGUCAUAUACUACUACUCGGGCACGCACAAAACCUCAGCUGUACUGAUUGGUGAUACAUUUAUCCUUACAUCAGGCCUUAUCUUGCUACAAGCACCUUUUAUAGAAAGAAAGUUUAAAAAUACAUCCAAACAGAAGAUAAUUCAUGUUGACGCUGAUCAGGAAUUCAGCUUUCUACAAAACCUUGAUUAUAGGCUUAUGGUGCAGGGAGAGAAUGGACAAUUACUAGAAAUAAAGGCGCAAAUCGCCUACAUGAUUUAUUCAUCGGAUAUAGAAUCAACAAUAGAACAAAAAUUCAAAAAUUUGAGUUUCUCAUUAGACGGAGAAUACAAAGCUGUCUCGGAGUACAGUAUAUAUUUUUCAACAUUUUUGAUACUAAAAUUUCCAAAGAGAAAAUUAUCGUUAGAUACUAUCACGUCAGCUUUGGCGAGAAACUCGCGCAACCUUACCGUACUUGAAGAUAUCGUUUCCAUAUCUACUCCAUUCGGAAAUGAACAUUUUAUAAACAGCGUUAAUUUUGGACACGUCGCGAAUUUGAUUGGAAAGGACGAUUGUUUGGCAUUAUUGAAUAUUAGUACUGCUUUCGGCUGUGAAGGUGGAGGAAUCUACGAUAAAAACCUUAACCUUCGAAGCAUUUUACUAUCAUCGUGUUUUCAUUAUCUGAACGACAAUGUGUGCUUACCUUUGGCAGCGAAUAUUAGUGAAAUCAUGAAAAUCUUACAUGAUAAACCAUCAAUGGCCCUCAUUAUGCCUAAUGAACAAAGACUUCUUGUCUUUCGGUCAUCCUGUAUGAUAGAUUCAAUGGGCUGCUGGGGAACAGGAUGCUUAUUUCAACUGAACGGACGCAAUUUUGUUCUCACAUGCGCACAUGUCUUACGCAGCGACAACAUCACAUGCUACUGCAACGAUUACAGCUUCCAGCCAAAAGUGAUUUAUAAGAAUCCGAUAUUUGAUUAUGCUUAUGACAUAGCUUUGUUGGAAGGUACAAAGAGUAGCCAUAAUCUAGCAAAAUUAGCAAACUACACUCCAAAAGUUGGACAAACGGUGUACUCUGUAGGAUUCCCCAUUUUUAAGGAAUUCGGUUUGAAUGGCAAAUUUGCUCCUAGCAUUUAUAAGGGGAGAGUAACCAAAUACAGCAAAGGGAUCCUCAAUACUGAUUGCCCUGUUCAGGCUGGUCAGAGUGGAGGUCCAAUAUUUGACGGUGACGGUUCUUUACUAGCUGUAAUGGUGUCCAAUUUCAAAAAUGAUAUGGAUGGAAUAAUUUAUCCCAAUCACAACAUGUGCAUUCCAAUCUGUGAUAUUUACGACAUACUCCUCCGCUACAGUGAAACAAAUGAUCACAGGGUACUAACAAGUCUUCAGGCAGAAAAGUCCAUAGUUGACAAAUGGAAGCUAAAAGCUCUAAAGGUCGAGUGCAAACUUUGAAGCGAAAUUUGAUACUGUUGCGCACCAGGGCUGUCAUCUGGAAAAGUUUCAUUUUCUUUUUGCGGCGUUUGAUUAACAGUGCAAGUCAAUCCAGAACUGGUGAUUUAGGAGGGGUAAUGGCUGUAUAGUCUAUGUUGGCUUCGAUAUCGAAAUGAGAGGGUAAGGGGUUAGUAAUAAUGUGUAUGGUUAUAAGAUGUUUAGAUCAAACAAUUCAAUUGAUUGUUAUAGAACAAACAACGUGAUUUUAUAUAGAAAUUGUACAAUAUGAUUACACUUUUAGUAAGUCAAAUAAAUGAUCAUAGAAAAAUAUA